CAGGAGCUUGUGCAAUCUGGCGUGGAACACUUCCUUCCCCAAUACCUCGGUCCUCCAUCUGCCUCGCCUCCACUCAGACCACAACCCGAUCCUUACCUCGGUGGCCAUCCAGGGGCAUUCUACCUCUCUCUCUCGUCCCUUUAAAUUUGAGGCUGCUUGGUUUACUCAUAAUAAUUUUAUGGAUUUUGUAACAGGGCAAUGGAAGCAGGAGGGACCGUUACCCGAUGCUCUUCGCGAGCUGGCUACAGCGUUGCAGACUUGGAACACCAAUGUUUUUGGAAAUAUUCAACAACGUAAAAGGCGUCUUUUGGGGAGGCUUCGAGGCGUGGAGACAAGGCUGGCAUCCAUGUUCGCGCCUGGGCUGGCGAAAUUGCACGCGAAGUUGGAAGCUGAUCUUGACAAGGUGUUGGAGCAAGAGGAAAUCAUUUGGUUCCAACGAUCAAGGGAGAAAUGGGUCAAGUUUGGAGAGCGAAAUACUGCUUACUUCCAUCAACAGGCCAACAUCAGGAGAAGACGCAACAAGAUCAAAGCCUUACAGGACUCCAAUGGAGUAUGGAUUGAUGAUCCCACUUCACUGGCUUUCUUAGUUUUUGAUUCUGUUGCUAAUCUCUAUAUGCAGGAUAACCCCUCCUAUGAAGACAGAUUGCCCAAGCAGGCUUUUCCCCGGUUGAGCCAGUCCGAGAUGCAAUGCUUCCUUCGCCCUUUCACUAUCCAGGAUAUCCACCAAGCAGUUUUUGACAUGAAGCCCUACCAGGCACCCGGACCGGACGGAUACCAGGCAGCCUUUUAUCAGCAGUUAUGGCAGAUAGUGGGAAAGAGUUUGACUGAUAUGGCUUUGUCGUUCUUCUCCACCGGCUCCCUGCCAGCUUCAGUUCUGGAGUCUACUCUUGUGCUUAUUCCUAAAGUGGAAACGCCAGAGUCGGUGAUGCAACUCCGGCCCAUCUCCCUGAACAACGUCAGUCUGAAGGCUAUCACGAAGGCCAUGACUAACCGGCUGAAGCCGGUUAUGAGAAAGCUGAUCUCCUCAAGACAAAGCAGUUUCAUUCCUGGGAGACAGACUACGGACAACAUUAUUGCAGUUCAGGAAAUUCUGCACUCUUUCAGGAAGAAGAAGGGGAGGAAAGGAGGGAUGAUUUUCAAGAUUGACCUGGAAAAGGCUUAUGACAGACUCAGGUGGGAUUUUCUUAGGGACACGCUGAUGGAGAUAGGGCUGCCGAGUUCAUGGAUCAACUGUAUUAUGUACUGUGUGGAACAGAACCGGAUGAGGGUACUCUGGAAUGGCUCUCUCUCUCAACCGAUCACCCCAACUCGGGGAGUCCGUCAGGGAGACCCUCUUUCUCCUUAUCUUUUUGUUUUAUGUAUGGAGCGGCUUUCGCAUUUGAUAGAUAGAGCAGUGAUGGAUAAACAGUGGAAACCGUUGAAACUUAAUCAGAAUGGCCCGCCCCUCACGCACCUCUUUUUUGCAGAUGACCUCCUACUUUUUGCUGAAGCCGAAUCGAGACAGAUCAGGACCAUCAAGGCCUGUCUGGAUGAUUUUUGCUUUAGCUCGGGGCAGAGGAUCAAUUACAACAAGUCGAUGGUGCACAUUUCCCCGAACAUUCCCAGGUCCAAGGCGAUGGCUCUGAGCCAAAGAGCUGAUAUUCCUCUCAAGGCGGACUUAGGGAAAUACCUCGGCAUUGAGGCCAUCCACGGGCGGGUCACGAAGUCAAGGUAUCAAGGUUUGGUACUGCGUAUCCAGAAAAAGUUGGCUCCCUGGAAAACUAGAAGGCUGUCGCUGGCUGCCCGUCUCACUGUGGCAGGUUCGGUAACUUCCUCCAUACCUGUUUAUCAUAUGAAUACUGAGAUGAUUCCGAGUGCAGUGUGCAAAAGCAUAGACAAGAUCAAUAGGGACUUCAUCUGGGGCGAGGAGGAGAAUCAACCUAAGAUGCAUUUGGUGGCCUGGGACAAGAUGACUUCUCCAAAGACUCAAGGAGGAGCUGGGCUUCGCUCCCUCAGACAAGCGAACCUGGCAAUGCUGGCAAAGAAUGCAUGGCGACUCAUAACGGACAGAGAUGCCCUGUGGUCCAAGGUGAUGCGGGCAAAGUAUGGAAGACAGAGGGAUGGGCUGGACAUUCUACGACCAAUUCAGGGAAGUUCCUUUACCUGGCAGAGCUUUGCUAAAGCGUCCAACCUUCUUCAAAAAGGUUGUGCGUGGAACAUCAAGAAUGGAAGGAACACUAAAUUUUGGCAUGAUAUUUGGUGUCUGCAGGUACCCCUCAAGGAGGUUGCUCUUGGCCAGGUCCCGGAUGAUCUUGAGGAAGCCAGGGUAGCAGACUUUGUGGACCAGGAGGGUAGAUGGAGGACCGAGCUCUUCAACACGCUGCUGCCGAUAGAGAUUCAGCACAAAAUCACCUCCAUCGCGGUCGACACUCUAUCCAGUGGGAAUGACGAGCUGUUUUGGACAGUCUCGGCGGACGGGCGCUUUUCGGCAAAGUCGGCUUAUAGCCUGCAAAAUCAGGAGUCUCAGGAUCCGGACGAGAAGCUUUGGAAAACUAUUUGGAGACUUCCGACUCCUGAGAGAAUCAGGACGUUCAUGUGGACUGUUCUCUUGGGGAAAAUUGCCACGAACUCGCUUCGUUUUGCUAGAAAGUGCGCAAGUAAUCCUUUCUGCUCCAGAUGCCAGGGAACUCCAGAAACCAUUAUGCAUAUUCUCAGAGAUUGUCCGCCGGCACGUUAUUUCUGGAUCCGCCAGAUUCCGGGAGCAGAUCAGGGGCGUUUUUUUGGCUUGGAUCAGGAUGCCUGGCUGCGAGAGAACAUUGGUAAGGAAGACUCCACUGACAUGGGGCCCUCCUGGGGGACUUUCUUCUGUAUUGCAGGUUGGCUGAUGUGGAAGAACAGGUGCACUACUUCUUUUAGGGGGGCGCAAGAGGCUCUUUCACCUCCCUCGCUUGCUUACUCCAUCAUGGCCAAGGUCAAGCUUUGGCAUGAGGCCUGGGUCGCCCCCUCUCCGAUGCCGGGUAACCGUCGCCAACCUGCAGAUCGUGUCACAGCCAACAUUGGCUGGAAACAACCCCCUGGAGGAUGGAUAGCUCUGAACAUUGAUGGUGCUUCGUGCGGGAACCCGGGUCAAGCUGGAGCGGGUGGUCUCCUUCGAGAUGCUUCAGGGAAGUGGAUCGCCGGCUUCACGGCCAGCAUUGGCUCGGCAACCGCGGCUCUGGCAGAAUUAUGGGCAUUUUACUAUGGGCUUGAUUUAGCUUGGAAAGAAGGAUGCCGAACUGUCAUCGUGCAGUCUGACUCUCAGCUGGCCAUCCAGCUUAUUGAGAAAAGACAUGAUCCUGUCCAUCCUUAUUCUACUCUUCUUUUGGCCAUUCGGAGGAAGCUUAGCCUUGACUGGCUGGUGAGCAUUUCUCAUACGUACCGGGAAGGGAAUAGAGCCGCGGACUGGCUCUCGAAGCACAGUCUCGUCUAUCCCUACGGAAUGCAUGAGCUUGCUAACCCGCCCUCAGGGCUAGGUCCCAUUCUGCAGGAUGAUGUUAGGGGGGUGUGUUUCGAGCGUCGGAUUGUUCCCGGAACGCUCGGCCCUGCCCUUCCCUCUUAGCCUCCCUCCUCCUCUCUUCUUUGGCGAGUUUCGCCUCCUGUAAUGCAAAAAAAAAAAAAAAAAAAA